AUGCGCAUUGGACAAUCAAUUUGGUCUCGAGAAGAUUUUAAUCUAAACAAUCCAUCAAGCUCUUUACUUCUAUCAGCAAAAUCAAAUAGCCUACUAAAACUCCGUUCUAAUAAUGAAUUGAAUCGUAGUUUUAAUAAAAAUAAUGAUGAAAGUGAAGAAGACAAUAGUUCAUCAAAUGGAAACAUAAUUAAUUCAAGUAAAAACCUUUUCGUAAAUUUACAAUUGCGUAGUCGUAUUUAUGAAGAGCACCAAUUGGCAACGAGUUAUGGCACUAUUAAAAAGAGUUAUUCUUUUCGUUCAACAAAAAUAUCUAUUGAUGAUUCUGGCCCAUUUUGGCCCAUGGCGUUCCCUAUGAAAUACCCAACGCCAUCAUUUUUACCUUUUACUCGAAAUCAGAAAAACAAUCGCUCAAAAGAAUAUUAUCACUCACAGGAUAGUCAUUUUUUAGGUAACAAUUCCCAACAAACAUUUGAUAAUCAGCCAGCUAUGUUUAAAUAUACCGAUGUUAUCAAACAUCCGAUUCUUGUUUAUGAUAUGGAUAAAUCGCCUAGACAACAAAUACCUAAACUACAUGAAAAUGAACAAAUGUGUCCACCUUUAAUAUUCGAAUCACGAUUUGAAGGUGGAAAUCUACGGCAAGUUAAACGUGUAGGUCAAUUCGAAUAUGAACUUAUUCUUCGACCUGAUCUUUACACAAGACGACAUACGCAAUGGUAUUAUUUUCGUGUACAGAAUAUGAUUGCAAAUAUAACAUAUCGUUUUCGAAUUAUUAAUUUGGUGAAAAAAACUAGUCUUUAUAAUGAAGGUAUGCAAAUUCUUCUUUUUUCUGAUGUGGCCGGAAAAAAAGAACUGCGUGGCUGGCAUCGUGCUGGCCAUCAUAUUAAUUAUGCAGAAUAUAAACAACGUACUUAUAAUCCACUACUCGAACGAGAUAUUAAUUAUUACGAACUUGAUUUUCAACUUGAGUUUACUCAUUCAGGCGAUACAUGUUAUAUAGCACAUUGUUAUCCAUACACAUUUACAGAUCUCAAAGAUGAUUUAGAUUAUCUAGCAUCAAUAAGAUCACGAGAUGUAUUUCAACGUGAUAUUUUAUGUGAAUCACAAGCUGGAAAUUCAUGUUUUAUCAUAACUGUAACUGAUGAAUCCGUUCCAAUAAGUGAAAAAAAGUUUGUUUUUAUAACUGCACGAAUACAUCCAGGUGAAACAAAUUCAAGUUAUAUGAUGCGUGGCGUACUUGAAUUUAUAACAUCCGACGAUAAAAUAGCUCAAAAAUUGCGUUCACAAUUAGUAUUUAAAAUUGUACCAAUGCUUAAUCCUGAUGGUGUUAUUAUUGGCAACUAUCGAUGUUCAUUAACAGGAAAAGACAUGAAUCGCAAUUUUCGUCAUCCACGUAAACAAACGUUUCCAACGAUUUAUCAUGUUAAAGAAUUAAUGCAAAGUUUACAAAAAGAACAACACGAAAUAAUAGCUUUUUGUGAUCUUCAUGGUCAUAGUCGUAAAUCGAAUGUAUUUGCAUACGGUUGUGAUGGAUGUGAUGGGCCACAGCCAGAUAUGAGGAAUUUUUUAAGUGCACGUAUUCUUCCAUUUCUUAUGUCGAGAACGGCGCCGGAAAUGUUUGCAUUUGAUUUCUGCAAGUUUCAUAUACAUCGAUGUAAAGAAUCUACAGGACGCGUUGUUAUGUGGAAAGAGAUGAUGAUAAAAAAUAGUUUUACAUUAGAAGCUUCAUUUGCCGGAUCAAGUAUCUUAGAAAAACCACGCCAUUUUAACAUUCAAGAUUAUGAAAAAUUUGGACAAUGUAUAUGUCAAUCACUAAGACAAUAUUUAGAUAUUCUUUCAGAUUCAACACGGUUGGAUUCAAUAUUUUUGGAUAUAACAAAAAAUGUUCUUCGUAAACUAGGCAAAGAAAAAGUUCCGCCUACUCUAUUAUCUAUUGUGUAUCCAGAAGAAAAGCAAAAUGAUGAAUCACCAAUAUCAAUUAUUUCAGUUGCUAGUUGUUUACAAGCAUUAUCACAAUGUCAUGAAACUAUCAAUGCGCAAGAUGCAUCAAGUUCCAGUGAUUCAGAUAGUGAUCCUGAAGGUGGUGAACUACCUGAUAUUCCAUAUCGAAAAGAAGAACCGCCAACAAAGAAAAAAUUAAAAAAGAAACGACCAGAAAAAAUUAUUGAGGAACGCGUGCAAAAGUUAGUUCGUAAACGAGAGACAAACGAAGAAUCUAAUGGUAUCAGUGGUACUAAUGGUAUUGACAGUACUAAUGGUACCAAUGAAAUUAAUCGUCGGAUACGUGUAUCGUAUCCAUUUGCAUCGGAAAUCGAUAUGAGUUCACAAUUAAAACUUACACUUGCAGUUGACCAGAUGGACAAAGCAACUCGUGCAUUACCACCAAGAGGAACUCUAUUUACAAGUAAAUAUGCUAAUCGAAGUGGACAUGGUUUACCAAUUUUUACUACUGAACGAGCGUUAGAACGAAAACAGAAGAGAAGCCAUUCCGGUUUACAAGAAUUUCAUCCUGAACAUCAAUCCGUAACGAGUGAUGACGAUAGUGAUAAUGAUGCAGGUAAUCGAGAAAAACAAAGCUGUAUAAUAGACAAUUUUAAACCGGAAUUUGAACUCUUUUUUUUUUAUACAGGUGAACAUUCACAAAUAGACACAUCAACACUUGUUGAUCCAAAUAUAUCAAUCACAACAUUAAAUAAUACAGUGUCCAAACGAACAGCUUCAUUUGUUUCUUUAACUUUAAAUGAUUUACCAACCAUACCCAAUGAUCAAUCUAUUCCAACCAUUAGUAGUAUAAUUUCAGCACAAGCACCAAUGUUUAAAAAUUUACCACAACGUCGACUACAACAUAUGCAUCGUCGUCAUCAGCAUCAACAACACCCACAAAAUAAAUCAACACAUGGCUCUGAAAGUGAUCGAAUGCCUAUGUUAUCACCAUCAACUAUUGCAGUUCCUAAUCUUAUGGAAUUAGCAAAUCGUUCAUCGCCACCUCAUCUAAUUGGUUCUUCAUCAAUGAAUCUUAAUGAUAUACCAAUGAUUGAUUCGUCAAAUAAAUAUUCGUAUGAAACAAUAACUGACUCAAAUGGUGUUAAUCAUCAUCGAUUAUAUACCAUAAAUGAUAAUUUCCUUCGCCCAUUUUCAAAAGCUGAAACAGCUGCAGUAAGAGGUACUUCUGGAAUGUGUACAAAAAUGCCACCACUCAGUAAUAACAACAACAACAACAACAACAACAAUAAUAAUAAUUUAAAAAGAUCUCUAUCACAAAAAUCAAGUAAUCAUCUUACCCAACAGCCUCUGGCAACCAUUGAAUCUGUAUUAAGAGAACGAUCGAUAAUUAUUGCUAAUGAGAAUACACAUCAACCCGAUGCUAUGGAACGUGUUAAUCAUAUUCUUAAACAACUUUAUCUACCAUUAGAUAAAACAAAAAAAGCAUGA